AUAUACUUCUACAAGCAGGCAAGCGACCAUAUCUACACUCAUGAGCAAUUCGCGUCCUCAUACACGACAGACAAGCGCAUCCCGGCGACCCUGGACUGCCCAGUCACGCCCUGGGACGGCGCGCCCCCAGACCGCCGCUUCCACUAUGCACGAUGCCAGCUUUGUUAUCGCCCUCAUCGAAAGUCGAGGCAUUGCGCACGAAGUAGGUAUGGCCGCUCUCGACAAAGAUACAGGUAGAGUUAUGCUCAUUCAACUCUCGGACUGCUCUACGUAUGUUAAGACUCUACACCAGAUGCAUGUGCACAUGCCAUGCAUGAUCCUAGUUCCCGAUACGUUCCUAUCCUCUGCAAACAUGAACCUCACUCCUUCUGCGUCUGCCACGCGGGGAGCUUCAUCAUUGUCGGUACAGUUCAUCAGGGAGGAGUUUCCUCAAGUCCCCAUCGAACCGGUAGCAAGAAAAUACUGGAAUGAUAGCGCUGGCUAUCGGUUUAUCACUCAAUUCUGUGUUGAAGACGAUGAGCGUGCGGCCACACUGGUCUCCGUGACAGACAAGUACUAUACACUCUCAGCUGCAUGUGCUCUUUUCAAAUUUGUAGAAACUCGCCUCAACACCCGCUUUUCUGCAUGUUCUCUUCGUAUACGUUAUAUCCCUGUCGAGGGAACGAUGAUGAUAGACCCCGAAACCGUUAGAAAUUUGGAGCUGAUCAACAACCAGACCCGCAAGAAAUCCACGCAUUCUCUCUUUGGGGUGCUUAACCAUACCUGCACUGCAAUGGCCACACGACUCUUGCGAGCGAAUAUAUUGGCACCUCUAACAGCCCAAAGUGCCUUGGAUGCCCGCCUAGACGCUGUGGAAGAGCUGAUUCACAGCGAGGAUAAAUUUAAUGAGAUCAAAGAUGCCUUGAAAGUCUUGAACAAGAUGGACUUCGACAAGCUCAUCUCAUCGCUUGGGUUUUCGGAAGUACGGCCAACAACAACAGCAAAAGGAGCUUUUUCUCGCGUGUCACAAAUACUCAGCUUGCGCAUUGCUAUUCGAAGCCUUCCAUUUUUGCAGAGGGCUUUGAAUGGAUGCAAGUCCCAGCUACUACUGAUAAUAUAUGACAUCCUUUCUGACGAACGGUUGACCAAGAUCGAGGAGCUCAUCGCCGAAAACCUCAAUGAUGACGCAGGGGCAGUCAAGGGAGGGAUCGGCGCAAUUAACGCAAGAGUAUACGCAGUUAAGGCGAACCGCAACCGUCUCUUGGAUGUUGCUCGCGAAACUUUCAAAGAAAAUGUUGCAGACAUAUACCAGCUCAACCACGCCCUAAGCGAACGGCACUCCCUACCCCUUACUCUCAUUUACCAAGAAAGUGGUUUUGUGUUUGCUCUCAAAAAGGAUGAACUUGAGGAUGAGCUGCCAAAGGGAUUCAUUAAUGUGUCUGCGCAACGGGGUCGUUGGCUGUUCUCAAGCAUUGAUCUGAAAAAGAUGAACGCUCGGAUGAAAGAUUCAUUAGAGGAGACGCUGGUCUUAAGCGACAAGAUUGUCCGGGAUGUCGUAGGGCAGAUUAUAGCGUUUUCAGGAGUCCUCUAUUCUGCUUCAGAAGCGGUUGCAACCAUCGAUUUGCUGUGGUCUUUUGCUCAUGUCUCCAUCAUGCGAAGCUAUGUACGUCCCGAGUUUACUGAUACACUGGCGAUCAAGAAUGGUCGUCAUCCCGUCCUUGAGACCGUUCAAUCUGCUGGAAUGGUUGUUUCAAACGAUAUAUAUUGCAGCGACGCUGCCCACUUUCACAUUGUUCAUGGGCCAAACAUGUCAGGCAAAAGCACAUAUCUGCGUCAAACAGGCCUUCUUACUGUGAUGGCAAUGGUCGGUUGUUUUGUACCUGCUGAGUAUGCAAGCUUUCGCCUGCAUGACGCCUUACUUACUCGGCUCUCCAAUGACGACGAUAUAGAGAAGAGCCUCAGCACGUUUGCAAAUGAAAUGACAUCUUCUGCUAUGAUCCUAGGCAUUGCGACCCCAAGAACACUGGUACUCGUUGACGAAUUGGGUCGAGGGACAUCUCCUAUCGAGGGUCUUGGUAUAGCACAUGCUAUUGCAGAGGAACUCAUCAGAUUAAAAUGUUUUGUUCUCUUCGCUACCCAUUUUCACGAGCUAUCAACCACUCUUUCUCGUCAGCCUGCUGUGGUGAAUUUGCAUCUAUCUGUUCAGCGUUCACGUCCAUCGGCCUCUCAUAUCGGCCUGAUAUUUCAAUACAAGAUCCUUGAUGGAGUUCCGGAAAACACAGGUCACUAUGGACUAGAACUAGCCAAAUUAGCUGACCUCCCCGACGACGUGCUCACUGAAGCGAAACGAGUGUCUGAAAUCAUUACUGAAAAAAACCAACGGUGCGAAGAGGAAAGUCACAUAAACGUCUUGACCAUUCGCAGGCGUGCACUUUUGAAGGUAUCACCAAUCAGCUUCCUGAACAUUGCUGGUCCUGAAUGUUUCAUAUUUCCUCAGCUUCAUACGCAGUUGAACCAGGCGUUAGAUCACUCUUCGCUUCCUGAGGAGGAACUGGUCGCAUAUCUGGCACGACUGCAGAGGGAUUUCAUGAAGACUCUAAAAGACACUCUUUAACAAUCGAGAUCAUUGACUUGACAAUACAAAUGAAACACCAACAAGCCCUUACCUGUUGAAGCUUGAAGAGACGAAACGAAGACACUCGACGAGAACGCCCCCAGACACUAUUCAAAGGUCCACUUUCCUGCAGAUGCUCUCGCUGUGUUAGACCAGUCAUGUUCUUACGAGCUUCUAAAAUAAUAGAUUUGAAGUUAACACUC